AUGGCCUCUACCGAUGCUUAUGAAGUACUAGAAUUGAUCGGCCAGGGCGCGUUUGGUCAGAUUCGCAAGGUUAGGCGUCGUACGGAUGGCCUGGUGUUGGUUCGUAAAGAGAUCUCGUAUGUCAAGAUGACCGACAAGGAGAAGAACCAGCUAGUGGCGGAGUUCGAAAUCUUAGCCCGUCUAAAACACCGUAAUAUCGUCGAAUACUUCCAUCGUGAUCACAUGAAGAAGGACCAAUCGAUACACCUCUACAUGGAAUACUGCGGGAAUGGAGACCUGUCGACAAUUAUCAAGAGGUGCAAGGCUGAGCGAAGCAUGGUCCCGGAACAUUUUGUCUGGUCGAUAUUUACGCAAGUGGUGUUGGCAUUGUACCGGUGUCACAACGGAGUCAACCCUCCAGAUCUGGGCGACAUCUACGCCACGGAUGAUCACUUGCUGCCUCAGGCGACAAGCAACACGGUGAGGAUUUUACACAGAGAUCUGAAACCGGAAAAUAUUUUUCUCGAUAUGGACCAUGCCGUGAAGUUGGGAGACUUUGGGCUUUCAAAGAUGUUGGCACCUGAGCAACAACUGGCUACCACCUAUGUCGGUACACCUUAUUACAUGUCGCCGGAACUCAUUAGCGAAGAUACCUACACGCAUAAAUCGGACAUCUGGGCCCUCGGAUGCAUCGUCUACGAACUCUGCAAGCUUUCCCCCCCGUUUAACGCUCAAAGUCUGCACGGCCUUGGAACAAAAAUAAAAGAAGGCCGCUUCUCGCCUAUUCCCAACCAGUACUCACCAGAUCUCCGGAGAGUCAUCGAUAUGUGUCUUCAGCGAGAUCCUUCGAAGAGACCAGAUACCUCGCAUUUAUUGCAAUUGCCAUAUGUGAAGCUCAAUCGUCGGGAGAUUGAGGCAUUGGAUAUGGGCAGGUCUUUCAAGCGAAAGGAGGAAGCAUUGAGGUCAAAAGAGGAGGUGUUGAGGUCAAAGGAGGAGGUGUUGAGGAUGAGGGAAGAAGAGCUGAGACGGAAGGAUGCUCAGUUUGCUAUGGAGCAGGAAUUAGCACGGAAAGCGAUACAGGAGCAUUGUGACGCGUUGAAUGCUGAGCUUCGCCAAGAAUGGGAGAGGAAGGCCAUGGCAGAGAUUGAAAAUAGGGUUGCCUUCCAGCUUGAAGAGGUGCACAAAAGGGAGGCAGAGGCUCACCAGAAGUGGCAUAGUGCCUGGCAGAGCGAGGUUGAGAAGGCGGCUAUGAGAAUGAUCGAGGAGAUGGACCUCGUACCAAGACCUUUGGCGUCCUCACUCUUAUCCAAUGCAGAUGAUUCAGGAUAUGGGGACAGCAUUCACGUCCCUGAAAGUCCGAUACACAAUUUUCCCCGUGUAGUUGCUCCUGCGUCGCCCGUGGAUAUCGAUAUGUGCUCUCCAUCGGUAUUUGAUACUAGCCCGAGUAAGCCUUCUAAGCUCUUUCAGCAAGGCAUGCUUGAACAAGCCCCUCCACGUAUGCCUCUAAACCUGGCACCAGUAAACCAACUCCGCCCUCAAUCAUCCAUCCCGAACAGCCCUUCGAUGCCCGACAUGAAAAAGGCGCCUUACAAGAAUCAGCACUUUUCCACCUCAUCCCUCGGCUCAAUGGACUGCCAUACUCCUGAUACUUCUUUUGAAGAGGAGCCGUCUCCGAUAAGGAAACGUGGUGCUUUGAAUAGGGCAUCAACUUUCACCACCGCAUACCGCGGAUCUCCAAUGAGGGGCAUUGGAAGAACAAGCGACAGAUUCCCUCAAAACACGUCAAAGACAAGAGAGCUGGGAGGAAGCAAUCCCGAGGCUCUCAAAUCAGCACCAAUAAGCAGCAAGGCGUUGAGUUUGGUUCAGAUUGCCCGCCAAAAUCCCGAAAUCGCUACCCGUGAUGACAUCCCGAGCCCAUUUCUCAAGAAAACGCAGAAGUGGAAAUGGUGA